AUGGAGAAACAAGCUAAAGGUGUUUACACUAUUGCAAAAUUCAAGGAGUUCCAAGAUGAAUUAACAGAUAAAUACAUCUCGCGAAGAUGGAGGAAAGAUGUGACAAGACGUCACACAAAGAUUAAAAUUAGCAAUAAUGAGUCAAAUGUCACACUUGAAGCACAUCAGUGUGAUAAGAUGCAUAAGACUUUUGAUGAGAUUAAGGAGUUGGCAACUGAUUCUGAAGAAAAGUGUGUGAUUGAUGGCUUGGAUGCAAAAACUAAAGAAGCAUUGUCUAACCAUGACAACGUUUGUGGGAGUACUCAACCAACUCCCAAGUCACCAACUGGUAGGAGCUUUGACAAUUGUGUUAAUGAAAUUUCAAAUUCGAAGAAGAUACUUACCCCGUUAGCAGUCAGAAGCAAAGGUUGA